CCGGGGGAUGCCCCCGUUUUCUGUUGCCGUCCCUGCCCGCCCCGCCGGCCGGGUAGAGCUGCCCGGGAGGAGCGGCCGCCGGCUGGGGAGGCGGGCGGCUGUCGGGGCGGGAGGCGGGCACUGAGCUGCGGCGCGCAGCCCCGGGCGGCGCGUACCACUACUCCGCCCGCGGGGGGCCGCGGCGGCCAGACCCUGCACUCGGCGGGGGCCGCCGGGACAGCCCGUCUCCAGCGCCCCGUACCCUCGCCUCUGCCCCGCCUCGCAGUGCGGGCGAGCUGCGGGCGGCGGGUUUCCGCGUCCCCGUCGGCGGCGGGAAGCGGCGGCACUGCCGGGAGGCGCCCCCUCCGCCAUUUUGGGAGUGCGCGCGGCCGCGGCGGGGGAGGGGCGGGCGGCGCGGCAGGGCGGGAGCCUGUGUGUGGUCCUGGGCUUGGACAGCUUUCAGCUGUGGGGAGCGCGGGGCGCAGCGCUGGAAAAAAAAAUAGGAGAGGAGAGAGCGAGGGAAAAAAAGCCCUAAAAAAACCUCAAAACCAAAAAACCCAAAACCACGAAAGAAAGGCAGCCGAGGCGAAGCGGAGCCCAGAGUGGGGCACCCAGCCGGGCGCGCCCCGCGCUGAGAACCAUGGCUCCAGGCUGCCGCGGGUUUGGGUUUAGGUGUAGUCCUUGGUGUUUUUUUUUUUUCUUUCAUUUUUUUUAUUUGUUUGUGGUUUUUUGUUUUGUUUUGUUUUGUUCCCCUUACCCCCCCCCCCCCCCCGCCCCCCUUUUUCUUUUUUCUUGUGGGGGAAAUACUGUUUAUUAAGGAUCACGUUCCCCCGUUAGCUGCUGGGUCAACGUGGAAACAGAGUUCCUUGUCUGCAGCAAUUACUGCUCUAGGUUUAUGUCAAAGUAGCUUGCAGCAGUAUUUGGCUUAUAAAAGUUAAUAUGAGAGGCUGCUCGAAUAAUAAUUUCUAAAUAGCUCUCUGUACGUGUAUGUGUGGAAAAGCUAGGGUUGAGUGCAAACAAAGUCGGUGCCUGUUCUGAAGGUGGUCUGUCCUGCUCGGGUAAUUAGAGCGUAUAGGGUCGGAGUCCAUUCUUGCAAAUGACAGCUGUAUUGGAGUCAGGUUUGGAUUUGCCAGUCCUUUAGUAGGUGUUGUUUUUUUCUGUUGUGGAAAAUAGUGAUCUUUUUUUGAUCCGUGUAGUGUAGUCCCAGAGCCCAAAAUAUGAGAUCUGCUGCCAACAGUUCCGUCUGAGAGACAGAACAAGGCACUGCUGGGUUCCAUCUGUAGGCAGGAUGUGCAGUCAGAGUUUGCACUGGUUGCUAACUACAGUACCUUAAAUACUAAUGAAAAUUACUGCGAAUCUUGUUUUUCUUUGCUGUUAUUUUUUCUUCUAAACACGCUGUGAGGUUGUUGUGGAGAGGUUUCUUUUGUCAGUUUUUGCUCUUAGCUAUUUUGUUUCUUCUUUUCUGUGUUAGAUAGAUUAAUAUGUGAUUGCAACUCCAUCCCACAUGCUUUGCUGACAUUUAUUAUCCUGAUGUUACUGGUACUUGCUUGCUUGGAAUGGUGAUCCUGUUCAAUUAGUGCCUCCUGAUUUUUGUAGUCUUGUAAUACCAAGAAACUACUUGCUGAUGAUGCCUCAGUGACUGGCCUGUCAGUAAAAAUACAAUUCUCAAGUUAAAAAAUAGGAUUUGCAAAAUAGUUGCUAUACUGGUCUCUUCUCAUGUCAUUAUUGUUAUGGGAAAGGAGUGGGGGGAAGUCCCUAGUAUAGAAUCUAGUGGAAAUUGAUCUCUGAGGUUUUUAUGGACAAUUCAUAAUGCAGCUAGUUUGACAGAGUUGACCUAUGUAAUUUCACAUCUACUUAGUUUAGUAUUUUUAUUGAAAAGAAAUUAAAACUCUGCAUUUAGAAACCCUCGCUUUUCAAAACUAACCAGCAAAAACUACCAGAUCAGGGUGAAAUAAAAUAUUCUGGAUUAGAUUUAUUUUCCAGUUUUCCCAUUCUAGCACUGCAUGACUAUUCACAGUAAAGAGCUUGCUAUAAUGUGCUUUCUUGGUAGAGGAUCUGUAAGUGUUCUGCUCAUAACCCACGGUGUUGUACAAUUAAACCUAACAGAUAGCAAUUGCAUAUUAUUGUUGCUAAACUACAAACAGGAGUACAGAUUGAGAGUUUGAGAUGGAACAGAUAGCAUGGAGAAUGCCCUUCUUCCUAUGCAGAAGUGCAAAGCAGCACCAAACCUUUUCUUCUGCACUUACAUGGAGCUGGUCCUAACAGCUUUAAAGUACCUUCCAUAGAGGUUGGUACAGUAAGGGAUUCUUUAGAUCAAGGUUUCUUAGCAAUGAAGUAGUGGCUGAAUUGUACUGUUUAUUAAAACAGCUGUCUCACUUUACCUUUCGUUUACUGAGAGUUUGGAUGAACUUGGCAGUGCUGGCCAAAUAUAGAAUCAUAGAAUUGCUUAAGUUGGAAAAGAUUUGCAAUAUCAUCAAAUCCAGCACCAUUGUGUUCAUCAUUGAACCGUGUCUUUAAACGUCACAUCUAAACACCUUUAAAAUACCUCUAGGGAUGGUAAUUCAGGGGUGGCCUGUUCCAGUGAUUAACAGUCCUUUCUGUGAAGAAAUUUUUUUUCCUAUCCAAUCUAAACCUUUCCUGGAGCAACUUGAGACCAUUACCUCUCAUCCUGUCACUUGUUGCCUACAUCCUCCAUUCAGGAAGCUGUAGAGAGGGAUGAGGUCAUCCCAAGGGUGCACUUCUCCAGGCUAAAUUACCCCAGCUCCCUCAGCCGCUCCUCCCAGGACUUGUGCUCCAUUGCCCUUCUCUGGAAUUGCUCCAGCCCCUCAAUGUCUUUCUUGUUGCAAGGGGCCCAAAAUUGAACAUAGAAUUCGAGGUCUGGCCUCACCAGUGCUGAGUACAGGGGUACAGUCACUGCCCUGGUCCUGCUGGCCACACUAUUGCUGAUACAGGGCAGGAUGCCAUUGGCCUUCUUGGCCACCUGGGCACAGCUGGCUCAUGCUCAGCACCCCCAGGUGCUUUUUCUGGGGUGGCUUUCCAGCCACUCUUCCCCAAGCCUGUAGUCCUGCAUGGAGCUGUUGUAACUCAAGGACAGGACCUGGCACUUCAUGUUGUAGAACAUGGUAUCAACCUCAUACCAUUGGCCUUGACCCAUCAAUCCAGCCUGUCCAGGUCCCUCUGCAGAGCUUUCCUGUCCUCCUGCUGAUCAACACUCCCACCCAGCUUGGUGAUAUCUGGGAACUGACUGGGGGAGCAUUUGAACUGCUCAUCCAAAUAAUUGAUAAAGAUAUUAAAUAAUUGAUAAAGAUAUUAAACAGGACUUGUCCCAUCACUGAGCCCUGGGGAACCCCUCCAGUGUCUGGCCACCGACUGGAUGUAACUCUCUGGGCCCUGCCAUCCAGCCAGUUUUUAAUCCAGCAGACAGUGCACCUGUCCAAACCAUGAGCAGCUAGUAUCACCAGGACAAUGCUGUAGGAAAUAGUGUUAAAGGCAUUAUUAAAGUUCAGGUAGACAAUAUCCAUAGCCUUUCCCUCAUCCACUAAGUUGUAGAAGAAGAUAAGAUUGGUCAAGCAGCAUAUGCCUUUCCCAACUGCAUUCCAGCUAGGCCUGAUCCCUGUACUGUCAGAUCCCAUGUGCUGUACAGAUUCAUAGGUUACUUGAAAUAUACUUCAAGUAACAGUUUUCAUUUGCUACUGAAACUUUUUACAGUUAUUAUUGCUGAAUAAAUUGGCAGUAUUUAAAGAGACAAAUUUGAUAUGGUCUGUCUCUGAAUACCAUGGAACAUAAUACAGCACUGAAGUUUGCUGGAAGUAAAUGGUUGCUUUAAAACCAUAACAGAAUUAAUCAACAAACAGUGAAGUGAACUCUGAAUGAGUUUUAAGACCAUGCACCUUCCAAGUUAAAUGAUUAGUAGUCUGAACCUGCAGCUGUUAUGGUUGAAAUAUUUAUGUGAGUUUAGAAGCUCACCUGGUAGGCAAACUUUCCAGGAGAGAUCUUCAAAACAUCAGAUUUCUUUCAGAUUUCCUGCAGCAGUCUUCCUCCUUCAGAAUUUAUGCUAGGAUUCUUGGCCUUCUCUGAACCUCCUGAUACCAAAGUGGCUUUCCUCUCAGCUUGUUUCUUGGCACUAAGUGUGGUAGCUUUGGUGUUUUGGGUUUUCUUUUAAAUGUAGUCCUCUUCUGGUUGCUGUUCAGAAUACUUCAGUUAUUACUCUGUGUACCACAGUGGCUCCAUCUAUGUUGCUGUCUUGUAGACUUGCCCUUAGUCAUCUUUGCCUGUACAGGACAUACACCUGUAUCUUUUCAGCAUAUGAACAGAUCUAUCAUCCCCAUGUGCACAUCUUGCUGCUGGUGGCAGAGGGAAGGGGUUCUCUGCCAGGGCAGACAAAUUCUGGACUGGCAUUUUAAUGGCUGUUCGGUUAUUCAGCUUGAGUUGAACUGCUGUAUGUGAGUGUCCAUGAAUUCUGGAGUUGUGGAGACUGUUCAGCAUUUUUAUACAUUGUACACACAGUGAGAGAAAGAAAAGCUUUGCAUUGAUUUCCUCCGUGACUGAAUUUUGUUGGACACUGAUGUGCUUAUCCAUUCAUAGCUUGAGAGUGCUCUGGAUGGAAAAGAAAUCAUGGUCAUAACUGGAUAUGUUUAUUUGCUACCACUCUAAAUAGGCAGUCUAAGACCCAGUGUGUCGGCAGCAGUCACACAUGUAAAUUCACAGCCUCUGCUGCUGAAAGAAGGUAGUUUUUUGGCUCCAGAGGAGGUUCUGUUAAAUGAAGCUUGAAAUUUAGCUACUGCAAUGCCUUAAAUUAUGUUAAUUGGACCAGCUUAUAAUGGGGGAGAUGGUAUGGUCUUCUGCUUUGGUAUUUCAUUUCAUGUCAUCAUUGUCUUGGGAUGUUUUUCUCCUCACUUUUUUUCAUUAGCUUUCUUCCUUAAGUGGUCAAAGAUCAUGCUGUUCUUCCCUUCCUUUUUUGCUUUCUUCACUUUUUGCAUUAGCUGAAGCUCAGUCAAACUAUUCCCUCCUUAAGUAGCCCUCUUCACAAAGCUUUGUGGCGCUUUGUGAGCUUGAACUGAGCUCUAACAUGCAGAGCUUCUUCUUUAAGCCGGUUUGAAGGAAGAGGGUGGAUGAUACAAAUAAGUAGGACAUCUUACAGAGAAUGCUUCAGAAGCUGCAUACUUCAGUUCAGGUAUGUGGAAUAAAGUGAGUGUGUUCAUAUUGUAAGUGAAUUAGGAUUGAGUGUCUAUGACAGAAACACUUUGUAAGUCAAGAUUUGGGCUAUGUGUAGUAUUAUUUCCUUUUUCUCUUAAGGGACAAAAAUCAGGUUGCUGUAUUGUACUUAUGGCUAACCCUUCUUAAAAUAUGUUAAUCUAUCCAUGCAACUUAAGAAUGAGGUGAAAACGAAGAAAGUGUGUGAAUGAUGCAGGAACCAGUAUUAUUUCCGUAGAUUCUCAGUUUUCUUAACCCAGCAAGAUUAAGUGCAGGUGGAGAGAAAAGUUGUUCUUAAGUUCUGCCUAAAGGCACUGGUUAACUUUACACUAGUAUUCUUUGGAGAAACAAAAAAUAAUAGUAAUGUAACAUAUCUGCAUGAAUUUGUUUUUUAAGGAGACAAAUUUAUGUAAAUGGGCUGAAGUAACAUGCUUGGUUUGAGUACAGUUAGCAAGACUUGACACAAUCAAGUAAAAUUCCUUUCUCCCACAAACAUAUGCCUUUGAGGACAGCAGCAGGGGAGUACUGUUUUAGAUGUGCAUGCUCCUGUAUGACGACAUUGGCAUGGUAUAGAAGAAGUUACAGAAGUUACUCUGCUCUUCAGGUUGUUGGCAGGCUCUGUGGCAGUCAAGACAUUGUCUCUGAUCACAUCACCAAAUUCAUCAGUUUCCUGUGAAUCAGGUGACUUAAGAGCUUACUUAUCCUCGAAUGCUGUCUUACACUGUGUUGCAUUUCUCAGCGCACAUUGAAAGUUCAUUGGAAGGUGUUCAUCUGGAAAAUUUCCAAGCCACUAUUUUGUCUGGCUUCAGUAUGAUUAUUUAUUACAUCUCUUUUUUUCCACAUGAUAGCUGAAGGAUGGACAUCUGAGCAACAUGUUUAUUUAAAUGUUUACUGGUGAAGCACAAAAGUAUUUCAGUCCAUGCUACUGUUUUGUAAAGGAACAUAAAAUUCUAAUAUUUACAUGAUAUUUGUGGAUAAAAAUAUCAGGGCAGUGGGUGCUAUGUUCCUUUGAAUUUGAACUCCCUCUGCUUCUGUGUACUGCAAGUUGUUAGGUAAAGAUGUUUAAAAGUUUUACUUAUAUGUAUAUUUAAUUGAUUGUCAUCUUUCAAGAGCCUGCUAUUAAAUUCAAAAUCACUGGAGACCUCUGUUAAGUUCCAUCUUGACAGGCAUCCAUGUCAUUGCUCGGAGUUGGUGCUCCUUGAUGAAAAGCUUGUAGAUGAAAAAAAUCCCUGCAAGUUCAGUACAUAAAAUUCUUCUCUUGUCUGUAAGAGUUUUAAUAAAGGUAUUGUCUGUGACCAUUCUUUGGUCAUUAAAAAUGUAGAGGGUGAAAUCCCAAAUUGACUGAAUGUGGUGGCAGAACUUGGGAUGACUUUGGUGUCACCAGGCCCUAUCCAUGUACAAAGCCAGAGCAGACUAACAGUGUGCCCAUGUCUUAGCCUCUUCAGGGAAGGGAAAGAGAAGCUCCUCCUGUAGAAUUGGCACCCCUCUAAGCUGUAAGUGCAUUGUUGCAUGGUUCCUUCUGACUUUCGGACUUCAGAAGCAUUUAAUUUACUCAAGGCUGUAGAAAAUUAAUCUUCAUUGUUAUUUCCAAACUUAACACUGUUGCCAAUGCCCUGCUAGAAUGUGCCCUACAGAUCAUUGUUUGGAAGGAUCUGUUUUUUUCUCUGUUGGAAUGUGUAUUUAAACAGGGCAGCGCCUGGGCUGUGCCAUUGUCCUCCUGAGCUUUUGAGUGUCAUCUUGUGCUCUGGGGAUUUUGCUGCCUAUGAACAGGGUUUGAAGGCAUUUCUGUAGCUCUGGAGAGCUUGCGGAUUUUGGUAGAGAAGUCCUGGUGUGAAAUAGAAUAGUUGAAAGCAACAUUGCUUUAUUGCUGUUCCCCAUGCUGCUGUUGCUGAGCAGGAAUGGGGAAGCGUAGGUAAGCAAAAGACCUAACUCAGCUGUCGGGCUGGCUGCUACUGGAGUUGGUGGUGCUAUGUGGAUGUGGUGUUGAGCGGUUUGGGCCCUACUCACUACCAGCCCUUACCACCUGCUAAGUGGCCUGCUUUUAUGUUUAUUUGCUUGUUUUUGUACAGAACUGGCCUUCCUUCCUCAUUAUUCAUCAGCAGCCAGUGGGUUCAGAAAAGAAUGAACUCUAAAAGCCAUGGGUGCUCAAGCUUUCUUUCAGCAUAGAAUGCAUUAAGUUGGUGGACGAGUGAGUCAGGAGUUAAAUUACACAAGGCAGAAGAUUGGAGAAGAGGCCAUGUUCAACCCCCAGCUCAUGAUCCAGACUCCACAGGAAGAUGGUGCUAAUGUACUAACAACAGAAGCUCUCCGACAGCACCUUGAGUCUGCGCUUCAGGCCAGCAGAGUACAUGUCUAUAUGUACAACAGACAGUGGAAAUUGGAACAUUUGUGUUACAAAUCAGGAGAACUCAUCACAGAAGCAGGUUACAUGGACCAGAUCAUAGAACAUCUUUAUCCUUGCUUAAUUAUCACUCCUUUGGACUGCUUCUGGGAGGGAGCAAAGCUACAGUCAGGAACUGCCUAUCUAUUAGGGAAGCCUCCUUUGCAGUGGAUCAACUUUGACCCCUUAGAAUUCUUGGAAGAGUUAAAGAAAAUAAACUACCAAGUGGAGAGCUGGGAAGAAAUGCUGAAUAAAGCGGAGGUUGGUCAUGGUUAUAUGGAUCGACCCUGCCUGAAUCCUGCUGAUCCUGAUUGCCCAAUCACAGCUCCCAAUAAAAAUUCCACCAAACCUCUUGAUGUAGCCCUUGUUUUGAGUGGUGGAUGCUAUGGACUAUCAAGAAAAUACAUGCAUUGGCAGGAGGAGCUGAUUAUAGGUGGUACAGUCAAGAACAGUUCUGGUAAACUUGUCAGUGCCCAGGCUUUGCAAACCAUGUUUCAGUUAAUGACCCCUAAGCAAAUGUAUGAGCAUUUCAAGGGGUAUGAAUAUGUUUCACAUAUCAACUGGAACGAGGACAAGGCAGCGGCAAUUCUGGAAGCCUGGCAGAGGAUGUAUGUUGAGGUUGUUCAUCAAAGUGUUGCACAAAACUCUACUCAGAAGGUGCUUUCCUUCACUACGACCACCCUAGAUGACAUCUUGAAGUCAUUUUCUGAUGUCAGUGCUAUCCGAGUAGCUAGUGGCUACUUACUAAUGCUUGCCUAUGCCUGUUUAACGAUGCUGCGGUGGGACUGUGCCAAGUCUCAGGGUGCUGUGGGGCUGGCAGGAGUCUUGUUGGUUGCACUCUCUGUGGCUGCAGGAUUGGGCCUGUGCUCGUUGAUUGGAAUUUCCUUUAAUGCUGCCACAACUCAGGUUUUGCCUUUUCUUGCUCUUGGAGUUGGUGUAGAUGAUGUUUUCCUUCUGGCACAUGCAUUUAGUGAAACAGGACAGAAUAAGAGAAUUCCAUUUGAGGACAGAACAGGUGAAUGUCUGAAGCGAACAGGAGCAAGUGUAGCCCUUACAUCUAUCAGCAAUGUUACUGCUUUCUUUAUGGCUGCCUUAAUUCCAAUUCCGGCUUUAAGAGCAUUUUCACUCCAAGCAGCAGUUGUGGUGGUGUUCAAUUUUGCUAUGGUUCUGCUGAUUUUCCCUGCUAUCCUGAGCAUGGACCUUUAUCGUCGGGAAGACAGGAGACUGGACAUAUUUUGCUGUUUUACAAGCCCGUGUGUCACUAGAGUGAUUCAGGUUGAGCCUCAAGCGUAUGUGGAAAAUGACAAUACUUGCUACAGUCCUCCACCCCCAUACAGCAGCCACAGUUUUGCACACGAAACUCAGAUUACAAUGCAGUCCACAGUGCAGCUGCGCACAGAAUAUGAUCCUCACACACAGGUGUACUACACCACAGCAGAGCCUCGCUCAGAAAUAUCUGUGCAGCCAGUGACAGUGACACAAGAUAACCUGAGCUGCCAGAGCCCAGAAAGCACAAGCUCGACGAGGGAUUUACUUUCCCAAUUUUCAGACCCCACUAUACAUUGCCUUGAGCAACCCUGUUCGAAGUGGACACUCUCAUCCUUUGCAGAAAAGCAUUAUGCUCCAUUUCUCCUAAAACCAAAAGCUAAGAUUGUGGUUAUUUUUCUUUUUCUGGGUUUACUUGGGCUCAGCCUUUAUGGAACUACCCGGGUAAGAGACGGGCUAGAUCUCACAGACAUCGUACCACGGGAAACACGGGAAUAUGACUUUAUCGCUGCACAGUUCAAGUACUUUUCCUUCUACAACAUGUAUAUUGUGACGCAGAAAGCAGACUAUCCCAAUGUCCAGCAGUUACUUUAUGAACUUCACAGAAGUUUCAGUAAUGUGGCAUAUGUUUUGUUGGAAGAGGAUAGGCAGCUCCCCAAAAUGUGGUUGCACUACUUUCGAGACUGGCUGCAAGGACUUCAGGAUGCAUUUGACAGUGACUGGGAAACUGGGAAGAUCACUUACAACAGCUAUAAAAAUGGUUCUGAUGAUGCUGUUUUGGCUUACAAACUCUUGGUACAAACAGGCAACCAUGCAAAGCCCAUUGACAUCAGCCAGUUGACUAAACAGCGUCUGGUGGAUGCGGAUGGAAUCAUUAACCCGAAUGCUUUCUACAUCUACCUGACAGCCUGGGUUAGCAAUGACCCUGUGGCAUAUGCUGCCUCACAAGCCAACAUCCGCCCGCACCGCCCAGAGUGGGUCCAUGACAAAGCAGAUUACAUGCCAGAAACACGGCUGAGGAUUCCAGCAGCCGAGCCCAUAGAAUAUGCUCAGUUUCCUUUCUACCUCAAUGGAUUGCGUGAAACUUCUGACUUUGUGGAGGCUAUCGAGAAAGUGAGAGCUAUCUGUAAUAACUACACCAGCUUGGGGAUCUCCAGCUACCCUAAUGGUUACCCAUUUCUCUUCUGGGAGCAGUACAUUGGACUUCGUCACUGGCUCCUCUUAUCCAUUAGUGUGGUUUUGGCUUGCACGUUUCUGGUGUGUGCCCUCUUCCUCCUAAACCCCUGGACAGCUGGGAUCAUUGUGGUGGUGCUGGCUCUGAUGACUGUGGAGCUGUUUGGCAUGAUGGGUCUAAUUGGAAUAAAGCUGAGUGCAGUGCCUGUGGUUAUCCUGAUUGCUUCUGUUGGCAUUGGUGUGGAAUUCACUGUUCAUGUUGCUUUGGCGUUUUUAACUGCCAUAGGAGACAGGAACCAUAGGGCUGUCCUUGCAUUGGAACACAUGUUUGCACCCGUGCUGGAUGGGGCCGUGUCCACACUGCUUGGGGUGUUAAUGCUUGCAGGAUCAGAGUUUGAUUUUAUUGUCAGGUAUUUCUUUGCUGUUUUGGCAAUCCUAACCAUUCUGGGAGUUCUCAAUGGAUUGGUGCUGCUUCCUGUUCUUCUCUCGUUCUUUGGACCAUACCCGGAGGUUUCUCCAGCCAAUGGACAGGACAGAUUGCCCACACCAUCUCCUGAGCCACCGCCCGGUACUGUGAGGUUUGCACUGCCACCUGGCCACACAAAUAAUGCUUCAGAUUCCUCUGAUUCUGAGUACAGCUCUCAAACCACAGUGUCUGGCAUCAGUGAAGAGCUGCAUCAGUACGAGGCCACGCGAGGUCCUGGGGCACCAGUCCAUCAAGUAAUAGUGGAAGCCACUGAGAAUCCUCUCUUUGCAAGAUCCACUGUGGUUCAGCCGGAAGCGAGGCAUCAGCUGAGCCCUCGGCUGCAGCCGAAUCCAGAGCCCAGCAUGCAGCAGCCGUGGCAUCAGGGCAGACAGCCCAAAAGGGAAGCGAGGGAAGGGCCACGACCACCUCCUUACCGCCCUCGGAGGGACGCUUUUGAAAUUUCUACUGAGGGGCACUCGGGACCCAGCAGCGGCAGGGAUCGCUUGGGCCACAAGGCUCGUUCCCACAGUGUGAGAAGCCCGGCGUUUGGGGCCGCAGGUGCCACAGGAGCAGCCUACUGCCAGCCUAUCACUACUGUGACUGCCUCAGCCUCAGUCACUGUUGCUGUCCAUCCUGCCCUGCACAGCCACAGUCCUCGGGGAGCGAGCUUUCCAUCCUACGAGGGACACCAUGAAGCCGGCCAUGCCCCAUUUGAGGACCCCCACGUGCCUUUUAAUGUACGGUGUGAAAGAAGAAAUUCUAAAGUGGAAGUUAUAGAACUGCAAGAUGUUGAAUGUGAGGAAAGGAUACCUGGCAACAGCUCACAAUAAGGGUAAUAACUGAAGAAAAGAAGAGGCCAAAGAUGGAAAACUGAAUUCCAGAACUGCUUGAAGAGAAGAACUGCUUGAAGUUGUAGAAAAGGACAUGCUGCAUCAGGACAACAGUUCACUGUUACUGUAACCUAUUGUAUUAUUUUGUUAAAUAUUUCUUUUAAGUAUUUAAAAGAUGUACACAUAUGUAAUAUACAAAGGAAUGAUGUAAAGUAGUAUAGUCUGGAGUAAUUUGCCUUUGGGCAAUAGAAUGGGGACAAUAUUGUGUGCUCUUUGUACUUUUUGUACAUUGAUAUCUGUGCCACAACUAAGCUUAAUCUAGUUCUAAAUUUCAGCAUAAGUUGCUGCUGCUUAAAUAUUUUAUAAUUUACUUGUAUAAUUCUAUGCAAAUAUUGCUUAUGUAAUAGGAUUUUUUAAAGGUACAUGUCUGUUUAAAAUAUUUUAAAUUUGUGUAUCACAACCCUGUGGUAGUAUGAAAUGUUACUGUUAACUUUCAAACACGCUAUGCGUGGUAAUUUUUAAAAUAAGCAAAUAUGAAGAAAAGCAAGUUAAUCUGGGAAGCUUAAAUAGACUUAGCUAUGUGCAGGUUUUGUUUUGCUGUAUGUGUCCCAAGUGUGCAUCUGGAAAUAUGCUUUUGUGUGUAUGUUCCUGGUGUACUCUAGUUUCUCUUUUACUGUAUGUUAACACUUGGUGGGCUUACAAACCCACCGAUGCUGAUGUGAGUCUGGCUUUCCCUGUUAGUAGGCACUAGUGAAAACUCUGUUGUUGUUUACCAAUAUAUACAACUAUAGACUGCCAUCAUCAAAGGCCCAACUAAAAUACUAGGGAAGACAGGGAGUUGAGGUUUAGAAUUAUGUUUCUCCCAAACCCUUAAUUACUUGCUUCACGUGACUUUAGUCAAGUCACUUAUCUGCCCCAUGCCUCAGUUUUUCAUUUUGUAAAAUGGUUAUUACACUUACCUACCUCCCAGGAAUGUUGUGAGGCUUAAUUACAGUUCAUGUAGUGAUUUGAGGGUUUUUUUUUUUCCCUUGCAAAAUAUACCAGGUAAGUGCAAGCACUAUAACCAUUAUUUUUUCAUUUCCAAAGGUGCUGGAUAUUGAUAGGUGCUGGUGGUUAUAGAAAUACAAUGAGCAUCUGCCUUAUUUUGAUACUGUUAAUUUUGAAUGGCAUUAGAAGCUGGAUAAUGGAUUGUCUGAUGGUGAGCCACAGCUUAGCUGAGCCAUUACAGCAUUGAAAGCAGUAUCUUUAGUCACCUUAUUUUCAUGGCAGAAAGGAGUUAAUAGUAAGUAAUAAAAAUCAAAUGGAAGGAUUAAAAAAAAACGUAUAUUCACUUUUAAAUAUAAAUGGCUUUCUGGUGGGCCAGGAUGGUAAUGACACUUAAGGCCUGGGUAGUUAUUUUCUUUAUUGUUUGUGUUUUCCCAUGCUGCAUUGGCACUUUUAAUUAUAACAGCUAAACUGGGAUCUCUUUGCGAAACUAAUUUAGCUUUUUGUACUAUUAUUUUUAAACUAAAAGGGGAUUGCUGCAGGUGAAGGGUCUGGAAAAACACUACAAUCUGUGUUCCAGUUGGAAACAAACUGUAGGAACAAAGAACUUUAUUUUAAAAUAAUGCAACACAAGUUUUCAUUAUCUCUGUCUUCUUCAUCUUUUUUUCUGCCCUUCACCAAGCUGUUUUUUAGAGAAGGUAGAUGUUCAGUUUUGUAUUCAGAGCCAAACACAACCAAUAUUCAGUUUCUAAACACAGCAGUGGUGGGGCUUUUCUUUAUGUAUACCUGAACAGCAGUGGCCAAUUCUUUGAUGGGAAAGUGUUUUUCUCCAGUGGCUUCAGGGAGUCUAUCUUUGCCUACAGACCUUGCCAGCAAAACGAAUGGGGAUAAUUAGAAUGCACAAAUUUCCAUGCCUUUUUUGCUCACUUGAAAACACUUUGAUAUGAGGCACUUGUUUACAGAUCUCCAAUGUGAACGCUCGAAGAGCAGGUGGUGAGAGCCUGGUGUCAUUCCCGUGAUACAUAAGCUACUGUUUCAGUGCACACCAAGGGUUAAUGUUGCAACUGCCAACUGGUCCAGUUCACUGUCUAACACAAAAACUCUUGGUGACAAAAAGAUGAGGGGCCUCAAUUUAGCACUAGCAGCAUAGUGACCUCAGAUCAUACAAACUCUGCAACAAAACUGUAUGAUACUAAUUGGAAGCCGCCUUCAACUACCAAGCUUGUGCGCUCACAAGUCAGAGACUGGCAGGGCUCCCACUGGCACUACUCUGUGUCGCAGGCUGCCUUGCUUCCUGCUCUUCCUUGGGAGGGAAGGGCCCAGGGCAAGUUGCAGCGUCUCCCACCUGCCCCUGCCCAAGUCUUCCUGCGUGCUUGUAUGUGGGUGAGCUGUCUGCUGCUUUGUGCACAAUGUAGACCUUCUUCUUCGAUAGUCACAUUGGCAAGGGGAGGACUCAGUGGCUGGCAACAUUUGUUUUGUUUUGGUUUUGUUUCUUAACUUUUUUAAUCAUGGGUGAUAUUUAUAUUUUUGUAUCAUAAGAAUGUUUUUCUUACAGUAUUUGUCAUGCCAGUUUAUAACAAACAAAAUGCAGGGAUUUUAUUUCUAUUAGAAACACUAUUACAGUUAUGUUUUUACUGUUUAAUGGAUUUUUAUUUGUAUAGAGUGCUUACUAAUGUUAAAUAGGAAAGAGUAUAUAACAUUUACAUUAUGGACUUGUUGUAGCUUUUAGUGUAAGGAGUUAAAAGGAAAAAAAUAUUCAAACUGGGUCUCAUUGCCUGCCUGUUUGGUAGGAGUGGGUUUGUGUCAUUUCAGUUACAAAGAUAAAAUUAUGCCAUAUAAUUUAUUUAUAUGAAAAUUUAUUUUUGUAGUGUACAUAGUAGCCAUCAAGUCUUUUGACAGAAGUAUAUUUUUAAAGAGUUUAUAUGUAAUGAUGAUACCAUUAUGUUUUGGAACACUGCUGAGAUACAAUUACAGUGCACACUUUUCCUUGUAAACCCCCUGGAGAAAAGAAAGUGUUUAACAGUGUUAAGAGAGAAAGAGAGCAUGAAUAUUCAUACAAUUCUGAACUGUUUUAGUUACCAUUUGUGAUCUAGCGUGGUUCUCAUUUUAAGCUUUGAAUGGAAAUUGUACAAACUCUCUAAAUAUUAAUGUUCAAACACUGAUAGAAAUUCUAACAUGAAUAAAAAAAUAUUAUAACUUA